AUGUAUAAGAAAAUGUGGUGUGUUUUUGUUGCUAUUAUUGGAGUGGCUGCGGGGAUGGACAGGAGCCAUUUGCCGCCAACCUGCUCUAGCAAUAUCUACUGUCAUGGCCCGCUGCUGGACACGGUGCAGAUGGCAGGGCUGUACAAUGACUCCAAAACCUUCGUUGACAUGAAGCUGAAGCUGUCUGCCGACAUCACCAUGGACCACUUCCACGAAAUGAUGGCCAGGACAGGUUCACAUCCGACCAAAGCUGACAUUCAGGAGUUCGUCAACCAGAACUUUGACCCCGAAGGAUCUGAGUUCGAGGACUGGAGACCUACUGACUGGAAGGAUAACCCUGCGUUCCUCCAAAACAUCAAGGAUCCACUGCUGCACGAAUGGGCUGCCGACCUGAACCGCUUGUGGCUGCAGUUGGGCAGGAAGAUGAAGCCUGAUGUUAAGGCCAACCAGGAUCUGUACUCCAUCAUAUACGUAGAUAACCCUGUUAUUGUGCCUGGUGGUCGUUUCCGUGAGUUCUACUACUGGGACUCGUACUGGAUCAUCAAGGGUCUCCUGCUGUCUGAGAUGAGGUCCACUGCCAAGGGUAUGGUCUCUAACUUCAUGGAUAUUGUCGAAAGGAUCGGCUUCAUACCUAAUGGAGGCAGGAUAUAUUACGCUAUGAGAUCACAGCCUCCCCUACUAAUUCCCAUGGUUAAACUAAUCCUGGAUGACAUGGAUGACAUUGAGUUCCUCAGACAACACAUCCAUACCUUGGACAGGGAGUAUGAUUACUGGAUGACCAACCACACCAUUGAAGUCAAUCAUAAUGGGCAUAGAUACACACUAGCAAGAUACUACGACCAAUCACAAGGACCCAGACCUGAGAGUUACAAGGAAGACGUCGAUGUUGCCAGACAUUUCGACUCAAACGACAAGAAGGAAGAAUUGUAUGCCGAGUUGAAAGCUGCAGCUGAGUCCGGAUGGGACUUCUCAUCCAGAUGGUUCAUUCUUAAUGGCACCAACAAAGGUAACCUAACGAACCUGAAAACUCGGUCCAUCAUCCCGGUGGACCUGAACGCCAUCAUGUGCUGGAACGCCCAGCUCCUCCGGGACUUCCAUACCAGACUCGGCAACGUCGACAAGGCAGAAUACUAUAGAAACGUGCACGCCAGAUUCAUGGAUGCUAUUGAACAGGUGCUCUGGCAUGAAGACGUAGGUGUCUGGCUGGAUUACAGUCUGGAAUCUGGCAGGCGUCGGGAUUACUUCUACCCAUCCAACGUGUCGCCGCUCUGGGCAGUCUGCUACGACCAGGCGAGGAAGGAUUACUACGUGAACAGAGUCGUCAAUUAUUUGGAUAAAGUUAAAGUAGACAUAUUCGACGGAGGCAUUCCAACAACAUUUGAGCACUCGGGCGAACAAUGGGACUACCCGAACGCCUGGCCUCCUCUACAGUACAUAGUGGUGAUGGGCCUGGCCAACACAGGCCAGCCCGAGGCCAUGCGACUGGCCAGCGAGAUCGCCACUAAAUGGGUCCGGUCUAACUUCGAAGUUUGGAAACAGAAGACUGCUAUGCUUGAAAAGUAUGAUGCGACAAUUUUCGGAGGUCUCGGCGGGGGUGGCGAAUACGUCGUACAAACUGGCUUCGGAUGGACCAAUGGCGUUAUAAUGGCCAUGCUGAACCGAUGGGGAGACACGAUUACUUCAGCGGACGCGUUCGGUACCGGCGCGGCGGUGGACUCGGGCGCGGUGUACGGCGCACAUGUCGGUGCUAGUGGAGUCGCCACGGCCAUUCUAGUUGUUUUGGCUUCUUUGGCUGCUGGAACUCUUGGACUAAUGGUGUAUAGAAAACGAAAAGACUACAUCCGAGUAUCUGGCGGUGAAGACUACAAGCUUCUUUCCCGAAAACCCUACACGGAACUGAGGAGCCUCAACGGGGCUUCAAACCCACGUCAACGAUGA